CAAAAAUAAAUCUGACUUGAAAAGAAAAGCAAAAAAUUUUAAAAAACACUUACGGAAAUGUUACAUAACACAAUCCGACUCCAUGAAUGGGUCAACGACAAAACACCUCGCACAUCCCUCUGAUAUAGGUGAAUUUCCUAACGCAGGCCUCACUAUCAGUAAUUCAGUGGACAAAUCAAUGGAUGAAUGGAAAAAUGUCACCGUUAAUUCAGCCGAGUCUCUACAAUCAUCCAAUAGGAGACCAAACCGAUUAAAAUCAUGUGAAGAGACGUCAAUAGAAGCAUCAACGGCUAGUGGUCUCUCUAAUAACUUCUCAUCAUCCUGGAAAUGCGAUGGAAUAAAUUUAGAUAUUCAUGGUGAUUGUACUUACGGAUAUCAGUCUGAACUCGACGAUCAUUUUUCAAGAAAAUUCGACGACCCUAAUGUGCUGUUUGUCACCGAGCUGUGUAAUGUUUGCGUUCGCUUCUGCCAGAGACUUGAGAGUGAGCUGCAAGCAUGUCUCUCAUCUGAUAACUGGAGAGAUGCUUCAUCUGUCGAAAAGGUGUGCGUGGGGUUAAACAAUCUAUGUGAAGCGGUUGCCAUCAUCAAGGGUGUGCCUCACGAACUGAAGUUAUAUGACUUGACUUGCGCCUCGGUCACGUCUGAGGCCACGCACACAAUCCGGAAAAUUGGCCAUUGCAUCCUGCGGCUCCUACUGCACGAGCAUCACCAGAUGGCAAAUGGAAUUGUCAUUCAGUGUUUAACCGAGAAAUGCGUCUCACCGCUUCGAAAUAGCCUCCUGCAAAGAGACUUUACCGCCCUCCGUUGUAUGGUGGCUCCACAAUUCUUCAUGUACUACAGAAAUAAAGUCAAGAUCAAAAUUCACAGGGCACUCGCUAAGCAACAAAUUCUUCUUGAACAGAAUUCUACAGACGGUAAAACUUUCACAAAGCUUCAACGAGAAUUCUACCGCCUACUCGCCGAAGAUAAAACGUGUUAAAGUCCACGACGCAGGCCUCUAUAUGAACUUGCAUGAACAACCGCAAGCAUCGCGAUAAUGAGUAUUCGGUCCAUUUUUUUGUGAAGUAUCUGCCCAUCAUCCCAUCACAUACCGGCAAAUCAUCUCACUCCAUACUUUGUAAAUAACAAGAUUAAAAUGUAUCAAGGAGCCAAGUCAGAGGUUCGUGCAAAAAUUAAUUCAAAUGAACAAAUCCCUCGGGGCAUUUUAAGCAUGCAUUUAGAUUUUUUCAGAUUUAAGUUAAUUUUCUUCAAUUCUU